AAGGCUGCAAUUUGGGGCAAUAUUUUCUAAAGAAUAAUUUAUUUAAGUAGCGUUAUAUGGCAGUUAACAUUCAGCUGUUUUGUCAAUACAGGCAUAAGAGCAUUUACUUGCAAAACAAAAUGUGUCAGAAGAGGAGGGAGAUGUUUUGGUAAUGUAGUCAGCGGAAAACACUCUCAGUUGCAAAUGGGUUCUCAUUAGGCUCACAAGAGCUGCACUGUCUGAUUACAAGCUAAUUAGCAGCUCAUUUCAUGCAUGGUAAGUGCUGUUAGAAUGGGGCCCUGAUUUGAUUCCCUGCCCAGCCUUUUAUUUUCAGCCUUGUAAUUCAGUUUAGCUCUCACUGCUUUGUCGAAUGUUAAACUUUUCUGCUGCAGCUUUUCAAUAAAGAUAUUAGGCUUUUCUAUUAGCUUGAGUGUAUGUGGGUCUUACACAGGGGUUCCCAGAAAGAUGAUGGAUUCCCACUCUGGCAUGUAUCUCAUCUGUCCUUUUAGUUUCAGACAGCGGCUCCCAUCACCCCAGCUCUCCAUGGCAUUAGCGCUGUUACCGUCUAACAGAGGAGUAGGAUGCAACAUCAGCAAGACAAACAUUCAUACAAGCAUUAUGGGUUAAAUUAUCAGUCCUGUGUAAAUCGCAUUACCAUAGUGUAGCAGUUAUGUUUUUUAAAGACGUAGUGUUGUAGGGUCUAAGUAUCACCCUCAUAGCUCUGAAUUCAACAAGAAGCUGUUUGCAGCUGAUUGGCACAGGCCAAACUGUAAAAUGUGGAUAAAUAGUUGAGCUUUCCACUUGUUUUCACUUGCUCUUUCUCUAGGAUGGAAGUAUUGACUUCCUGGAGUGGUCAGUGGUAGCUUUUUGAAAGUUUGCAAAAGGGGUAGAAUUAUAAAUCACUUGUUAAAAACACUGAGUCGAAAGGUGCUGUGCAGACGUGGUAGGAGAUGUGUUCUUCCUUUACUUUUGGACACAUCUGAGAAACAUUUUUCCUCUUUUUUUAUACUUCGCUAAGUUUUCCAGCUGUAGCUCCACUCAGACAUACAGUCAUGUUAGUAACUUACAUGCUUGCAACAAUUUAAUGUCUUUAUCCAAGAAAGCAAAGAAGUGUAUUUCCCAAAAUGAUUAACUAUAUUGACAGUUGUUGGGUUUUUUUUUUCUAUACCAAUCAGACUUGAUCAGUUACUGUAUGCUCUGGUCUUUCUAUGUGUCUUUUUUCUCGAAAACAGAGUGGUCAGGACCUUUGUAAUCAUCUCCAAUGAUUGACUGGAAAGCCAUAAGCUCCACGUCUACAUCUGCAGAGCGAUUAGCAUUUUCAUAGUCAGAAUCUGUGGAAAGAAAGGGAAAACAAUCAGAGACACGUUCUCAUUACACAAGGAUAUGGAUCAAUUCCAUGCAUCACAAAAUUCUUCAAUUUCUGCAACUUCAAGCUUUAGCAAAAUAUUCAAGGAUUAAAGUUGAGCUUACACAUAGGAACAAAUUUAAUGCUAUGGCAUGCCUGCUCUUCGUUGCAAUAAAAAUUUGAAGUGUGUUUUUUCCAACUGACUACAGUGACAUACUGUAGAUCUGACCACUAGCCAGCAAGUCUUUGCACACCAGAAACACACCCCUGCGAGCGUUUGCAUGGCUCCCACUCUUACUCUGGACUCGAUUGUGAAGGUUCCUCUCUCUCUUCACAGGCUCCUUGGACAUGAUCUCAAACAGGUUAUUGGGGUGGGAAAUGAUCUAGAAAUAGAUCACUCAGUUGUCAUUAUCCUGCACAAGGUUGGUUAUUUUACACAGAAUAUUAGCUGAUGUAUAUGGCCUAAGUUGACCUGGCUCUGGACAGGUAGAUAAUGGUCUUACCAUGUUCCAUGUGAACUCCACUAGGGGGCGAGCUAGCAGGAAGGCAUCAUUGAUUUUCUUCCCAUCCAGAUCAGGGAAGACUGUAGCCAGGCCUGAGCCAACAUUGUGCACCACCAUGUCCUAAAGAUUUAAAGAAUUACAGCUGCUGUACAAACCUCAAUUCUUCAUCUGUCUAUUUAGAAACGUAACUAAACAGAUUACCUGUCUGAAGACGAUGUUGAAGGGGAAGACCUCAAAGAAGAAGUCUGAGGUGAUGGGCAGAAUCUCUUGCUCUUCCUCAUCCUCCUUCAUGAUGUAGCGGUAGGCUGAGUUGUCAAAGUUCAGUCUACACAAACAAACAGAUCAACAAUUUUCAUAUAGGCCUAAAAUCAUCAUUGCAUUUCCAAGAGGGGAAUAUUACUUUGCUUGAAAUUCACAAUUAACUAACACUUGCAGCACAUAGGAGCUAAGUAGUGGCAAUUGAGAUGGAUGAGAAGCGUAAUAGGGUUUGUAACCAUUGGUUUGGGGAACUACAUCGCUUCCCUCUUAAAAUAGAGAGGAAAAAAGCUUAAAAUUAACUAAAAAAUGUAUUUAUCAACAGAACCAAAGUAAAUACACUUCCUUCAUUGUGUGUGUGUGUGUGUGUGUGUAUGUGUGUGUGUGUGUGUGUGUGUGUGUGUGUGUGUGUGUGUGUGUGUGUGUGUGUGUACCGCAUGGUGACAUGGGAGUAGUCUCCGACCAUUUGCUCAGACAGCACCUCCACAUGAAUGUCAGUAUCAUAAAACUGUUUCCCCAUCUGCCGGAGUUGACCCAUGGCGUAGUGCAGGUAGCCUUUGCGCUUACUCCUGCGGGUCGCACAUACACACAAACAGAUAAAAGAUCAACGUCAGUCUAAAGGAUGUAAUCACACAGCUUUCAGCCUGUCAGCUCCUACUUUUAUCUCUGAUGCCCAUUCAUCUAUCACUCUCUACUCUCAUCCUUCAGACCUGUAGUGCAGGGUGACUCCGGUGGCAGACUCCUCCUGGCAGAAGAAGGUUGGAGGUUGCACCUUGGGGUAGCUGAAGCGAAGGUACUCAUGCAGAUUAUCGAGGCCGUUGACAAAGUCACGAACAUGGCGGCCCAAAACCUGAUGAAGGAAGAGUGAAAAGUGUGACAGAUAAUGUCUCCAGUAUUUCUAACUUUUUUAUUUUAGUGCCCAUAACAGGAACUUUUGAAUGAUUUACGAUGAAAGGUCAGUAUGCCCAUAAUGUAGAGAGCUACUCAGCCUGCUGUUAAAUUUUCUCUGUGGUUUAUUUGGGCUCAAGGGUAAUCAAGUCUGGAAAAUUUAGGACCAAGCUUGAUCCAUAACAGUAACCAUAAGUCAGGAUAUUGUGCACUUUGCUGCUGUUGACCAAUCUUUAAUAAAAACAUAUCAUUUAUGAGAAAGAAAUCACCAGCCACUUGCAAAAAUGGUAGUUUGAGAGAAACAGAGUAUGCAGGAUAAUUUCCCCACCCCUUUGAAAUCACAGCAGAGUUUUAAAUCUUUACCUUCAGGAUCCUGUCAUAGCCAUAUUUCCCCACAAAGCCCAGGAAAUAUACACCCCAGGAGUUCAUCAGCUCAUUGUAAGGUGUGCCUGUCACUCCACUGGCAGCCUUCGCAAUGCGAGGUAUCACACUCUCACUAUACACCUGCAGACACACAUAUAUAGAAGUUAUUAUCAGAGAAAGAAGAAAAAAAGAUGUUUUCACAUUAGGAGUAGGGCGCCUCAGAGAAAAGUAGGCAGUGUGAUAAAUACAUAGGCAGGCAGUGAAAGUAUUGUUAUGCGGAAUCAUCUUACAGACACGGUACCUGGUGGGUGACAAAGGAGUGUAACCUGACAUCUGCUCUUUCUCUGACCAGCUUCCAGACAUCAUCACCAUACGACUCCUUAAUGAAGUCGUGCAGACUCUCACACAGCAGCCCGUACAUUGUGUCUCUCUUAAAGCUCGAUCUGAGCGCUUUCAAGACAGCUCCCCAAGUGAUUGACUUCAAACAAUCCUCCCAAAGGCACCUGCAAGCAGAUAAAAAAAAAUUCUGAAAGAUGAUUUUUUUUCAAGCCUGCAUCUGAAUUUUAAUGCGUUUAGCUUUGAGCGUGAAGCUAUAAAAAGCCAAAUGUUAAAUUCUGCUGCUUUUGUUUUCUCCUGUUCUCAGCACUAACCUGUAGAAGUGAACUCUUCGUCAGAAUGACUGACCAAACACAGUUUCAUCUGAAGGCUAACAGGGCUCAUGCUUUUAAAGGUAGCAUAAUUGCACAAGCUCUUGAGUCUGAAUGGGCCUCUAUUGUUCUUGUGGCAGCUGUCAGAGCCUGGUGGCCGUGCUCCUCUCUCCAUGUGACAUGAACACACUCCAGUGGCUGCCUCUCAAACACAGGUGACACCAGUCACAAGAAUUCAUUGCGUUUCUAUUAUCUUUAUUGUCCCUUUUCAGAAAAUGGCUCUUUAAAAUCCCUGAGACAUUAUGUGCAACACUUAUUGUAUUAUUUGUAAUGAAGUGUAAUCAACUUUAGGUUAGAAAAGCCUGAGAUUAACGGAUUGAUUUUGAUCACUGAGGCUCUGUUUGACUGUGCUGUGAAAAUGCCCAAAUUCUAUUAGUUAAAUGAAGGGAAAGGUGUAUUCUGGUUUCUCCUUUCUCCAUUCAGCUGAAUAUCAUUUGAACUUUGGAGAGACUGUGAGUGAGCUUUUAAUGCCAAGGAACUAGUCAAUCCUGACAAUGUGUUUGCAGAUGAUUUUUUCUGUGACUCAGGGUGACUCCACAUUUCCCUUCAGAGUUCUGGAGGCUUCCCACUGAUGGAAAAGUGGCAGUGAGAUGCGGGGCAGGUGCAAAAUCGAUAUCCAAUCUCAACAGGGUUAAGGAAAAUGUGUGUUCUUCCCUCAAGGCUCCUCCUGAGCUCAAUGAAUCAAUUUUUAGGGGAAAAAAAGCACCAGGAUAAAGACUAACUUCAGUCUUAAAAGGGCAACAAAAUACAAAGUUAAAGGGCAUCUCUUCUAAAGUGCAAUUGUAUACUACACAAGUAGUUUCAAGGCAUUGGGUAAGUCAGCCAAUGAAUGUAAAACAUAAGCAAAAACACUGUUGCUCUUAUUUAUUUUAACUUUAAAGAUCGGUAACUGAUGGGCAUGCUGAAUGAGGUGAAGUUGAUGUAGUGCAAAAGAAAGGAUGUUGAAGCUCUUGAGUUCAACCUUUGACCCCACACUGUAAAAUUCUCUCCUCUGAAUUUAUUGUGUUGUUUGUCAUUUACAAAGUAUAUGAGCGUAAAACAUCUCCACGGUGAUUUUGUUAGAAGGUAGAAAAGGGAGAGAGGAAAUGGGUUGUGUCUGUGUGAGUGUCGAUGUCUGAAGAGGACAGUUUGGAUGUUUCGCCUCUCUGACAGCUCAGUGUCACUGUCUGGACAGCAGCUGCUUUUGCCCACACACAGACACAGACACAGACACAGACCCACAUGCACACACACACACACACACACACACACACACACACACACACACACACACACACACACACACACACACACACACACACACACACACACGUAAGGCAUCAAAUUUUUAUUAUGAAAGAGACUUAGGGUCAGGAUGUAAAUCUUAAUACUUACCCCUUCCCCUCAAUUGCCCUUUUUAUUUCCUCCCCCCUCAGUCAAUCCUCACCCUCUUAUUCCUCUGCUAAAAUAACCCCUAUGAGGUCAGUGCCCAAGGCAUCCUGGGACGAGUUUUAUACGGACUGUUGCCUCCCGACUGAAGAGUGUCAGAGGGGAGUGUGGAAGCAUCCCAGCUUUAGUGCCGGAUACACCACAGGACAACCCAGACAAGCUCUGACUGCAGACACGGACAGACAGGUGAGUACUAAAGGGGAGGCCAGUUCAGUGCUUUACUGUGACUGAGAUAGACAAUGAGAAGUAGCACUGACCUAAAGUAGUGUUAGUAUGGAAGCCAUCUUGUCCUUAAAUGAACUGUAAACAGAGAGCUGAUUAACAGAGACAGCUGAUUCUCUGAGGUUUUGCUGCAAAGUGACAUUGUUUUGAAGUCACCCAUUACAUUUUUGAAAGAAAGAAACCUAAAUUUCAAGAGGAAAACAUAAAUACUGUUAUUUGGUGACAACUCAAUGACAUGUCCUCUUUAUCAGCCUAUAAGGAAGGACAUAUUUAAGUUAACAAUAACAGAGGAAACCCAAAGAUGUGUUUAUGCCUUGUUUCUGUCACUGGGUUAGCAAUAUGUAGAGGUUGUGUUGAAAAUGUGUGAAUAAAAAGGAUUUCAAAACUGCAGUUUACAAUAACCCUUGCAAAAAUCGAUGUUGCAGUGUAUGUUGUAGAAAGAAGAUGAUGAUGCAUGCUGGGCUGGAUGACGUAACAAAGCAGAGGAUGAUGCAGGCCAGAGCUCUGUCCAGGGAAGCCAGGGGAGGUAAGAUUUGAUGGGAUGCAAUUGUUUGAUUUUGUACCUAAAAUACUGGCUAUACUUUAAUAUUAGGAAAUAAACUAACUCAGAAGUUAGUCAACAUGGUAACCAGUAUGUAAAUCAGUGCACAACCUGGUGUUAGUUUGCAUGCGACUGUCAACAACCUGACUUGCUCUGGUGUGCGUUUACACCAAUAUUAUAAUUGUCACUCUGUGUGAUCACAGCAUGGGGCUGUCAGAUAUAGUAGAGCCCAACAUCAAAGUGUGCUGUGCCCACAGCCUGGGGACACAUGCCAUGUGCUACAACUAAAUCCCAGGAGUGCCUGUGCGUUGUUGAAUUCUCCAAACAUAUCUGCAGGGACACUCCCAUUUGCACACUUUGUUUUCAGCACUUUCUGCCAGGAACACUUUGAAACCAAAGUCCCCUAAACUCAGCAAAAUGUGACUCCCACCACUGAAUUUUCACACGGGCCGAUCAAAGGCAGCUCCUCAAGGGUGGCACAUGCUCAGACUUCUCCCAACACUUUUCACGUCUCAGAAAAAGGGCCAUCCGUUUGUACAUGACUCUUUCAUCCAAAGAUCCUAUUUAUAUGCCCGGUUACCCCUGCAACCCAGACCACAACAAACAUUACGCACCCCUUGACAUCAUCUCCAGGCUAUUUCAGACCCUCUGCAGUGCCAUGAUUUAACACGAGAAGAGACCUCGAGCUGAAGCUGUGCAGAUAUCAGCUUAGUGAUGCUGCACAUGCUUUGGAUUUUUUAUAUCAGCACCCUUCAGCUGUUUUACGUUGACAGAAACAAGAAGAUCAGAGGAGACAUUAAGAUUUGCCAAAGGUCCUUAUUAGUCUGUGUUGCUUCCAUUCUCUCUCCAAAUAUCUGGAGGUUGCUAUUAUCAUUGCAUUUGCACUAAUAACUACAUGUCAUGAAGAGUUUGUGCAGUUAGUGUCACCACACCGCAUAGAUUUGUCUGUUCUAGUAUUCUGCUCUAAAACUGCAAAGGAAUAUGUAACCUAAUCCCUCAUUAGAGCUCUUUGGUUUGUGUGUGUUGUUGCAAAGGGGGUCUGAACCUGGGGAAGAAGGUGAGCGUUCCCAAGGAUGUGAUGAUGGAGGAGCUCAACCUUCCAUCAAAUCGAGGCUCUCGUAUGUUUCAAGAAAGGCAGAAGAGGGUUGAGAGAUACACGGUGGAGAACGCCCCUGUUGGUUCUUCUUACAUCGUAAACAAUGUAAGGACCCAAGAGAUGAUGGAUAGCACACAGUGAUUCCUAUCCUGUUCACUUCCUGCAACACACACCCAUAAUUAAGUCUUUGUAUGUCUAAUCUAAUAGUUAAUGGGUCAGUAAAGUUUAGCAGCUUUCCAAACUGAUCAAAGUAAAGCAAUUAAAAAGCCAGUGAUGUCUGAACUGUCUCUCCUCUGAGCUGUCUGCUGUCUCAUUUGCAGCAACAGGCGUCAAACUUCUUACCUCAUUAAUGACAAUAAUGGGACAAAAGUAAGGAAGUACAUUGCAUUCACUGGAUUAGAACAAAAUCAGACACCUCAUAUCAUAAUAACAAGAUAAGGUGUCUGUUUAUCCAGUGAAUGCAAUGUGCUUCUGUGUUAAAGGGACCACCUGGAUGUUUUUAAUGAGAGGAAAAUCCUUUUGAUAGGAAAUGUUACAGAGACACUCCUGCCAAAAAAACUUAAAAGCAGCAGAUGCUGAGUUUUUUUUUAAAACAUCUUCACUUCCAGACUCUGUCUAAACAAUAAAACAAUCUUUCUCUUUUUUUGUCAAAAUUUGUAAGCUUUAAUUCCAAUUUUAUCCAACCCUGAUAACCAAAAUGUUUUUUUUUUCAAACUUUUGAAAGCUUCUCCCAGAGCUUAGUAAAAACAUAAUACAGACAGUACAGCCUGUUUCCACAGGCUGAGUUGUACUUUUGUUUAAAAAAAAAACGUUGAAGUUGAAAUGCAUAAUUGGAGUCGUGGGAUUCUGUCGAAGCUUUUACAACAGAUUUUUAAAGAAAGGCUUCCUCCCUCUGACCAUCAAGGCAAUGAACUCGAGUGUUUUUUCUGCCCAUAAAACCUCUUCAAUAUCUUGUUUUGUAAUCAAUAUUUCCAUCUUCCAUUCUCUUUACCGUUGUGUCACUUCUCUUCUGCUGUUUUACGUUCAUCCAUCUAUCCAUUACCUCAGCGCUUAAACAGAUCCUUCAUUGUUUAGGGGCAAUCCAAGCUGUCACUGGGCAAGAGGGUUCACCCUAGACAGGUUGCCAGGCAAUAGUUUAUAAUAGUAUAGUAUAGUAUAGUAUGGUAUGGUAUGGUAUAGUAUAGUAUAGUAUAGUAUGGUGUAGUAUAGUAUGGUAUGGUAUGGUAUGGUAUGGUAUGGUAUAGUAUAGUAUAGUAUAGUAUAGUAUAGUAUAGUAUAGUAUAGUAUGGUAUGGUAUGGUAUAUUAUAUUAUAGUAUAGUACAGUAUUGUAUAGUGUAGUAUAAUAUAGUAUAGUAUGGUAUAGUAUAGUAUAGUAUAGUAUAGUAUAGUAUUGUAUUGUAUAGUAUAGUAUAGUAUAGUAUUGUAUUGUAUUGUAUUGUAUAUUAUCAAUCAAUCAGACUUUAUUUGUAUAGCACUUUUCAUACAAAACCGAUGUAGCUGUAGCAUGUCGCAGUAUAGUAUAGUAUAGUAUAGGGUUGGAUUGUAUUGGGUUGUAUUGUAUAGUAUUGUAUGGUAUUGUAUUGUAUGGGAAAAGCACACCUAUAGAAUUGCUUGAAAUAGAUCUGACCUUGACUGUCCCUUCCUCAGGAGUAUUUGGAGUCAGUUCCUCCCCCACAGAUCAUCCAAGAGCAGCAGACAGGAAAAGAGAACCAGGCUUUCUCCAUCCCUGGUAAGCAUAGCCUGGUCAUGAACCUUCAGAAGACUAUAUCAAAGAAGGGCAGUCCAGAAGUCCUCGCUCCAGGUAAAUGUUGAUACAGAGUGAAGAAAGGAUUGCCUCAGACUGCGCCAAAUCAUAGAAGUAGCUCUCUCCAGUGCCAACUGCUUGGGCAGUGCAUGGACACAAUAUAUCACUUUGAUCAGCUACCACAUUUUUCUCAUAUAGAAAUGAAUUUAGCAAAUAAAUUGGUUUUAUUUUAACAAGUGCAAGCAGUUGGCAGUCUGCAAGGAGCAUAUUUCAGUGCUGAAUGCUGUUGUAAAUUGAGGCCGUGCUGCAGUCUGACUGACAGGAAGCUAAGCUCUGUUUGUUAUGGGGGAUUCACACUGAGAUAUAAUUACUGUAGUUUCUAUUGUUGACAGGAGUCACAUCAAAGAAAAGUAAAAGUGUAUCAUGAUGCAUGGAUAGAGCUUGCUUUCUUUGUCUAAUGGUGGUUUUGUGAUUACAUUCAAAAAUCAUGGAGAGUUUAUUUUUGAGUCCUUUAAAUUAGAUUAAAAUUUCUCCAAAUGAAGUAACUGCUUUCAUUUUAAUAACUUGACACAAGACAUUUAUUUCUUUCAGGAUAUUCAGGCCCUCUGAAGGACAUACCAAAAGAAAAAUUUAACACAACAGUCAUCCCUAAAUCCUACAGUUCCCCAUGGACGGAGGCUUUGAGAGGUAAUGAAGAGCUCCUGAACUCCCUUAACACUCAGCUGCCAGAGCUGCCACAAAGGUUUCAGCCUGCAAGCUUCAGGUGCUUCAACAGGUAAGUCUGUCAGCAACUCAGACACCUCAAUUAACAAUACAAUGUUAGUUCAACUCAGUUAAAGACACAGCCAUCAUGAUCAACCAAUCUUCAAAUAGACCCAGAGAUAAUCCGCCCGCCUUAUUCAUCAAAAGCAUCCCUUCCAUCAGCUCGGCCUGACUCCAUGUUUCCACAGUUUGAAAAUAAAUCCAGUCUCUGGAUUGCACCUCCUUGGAGUGUGGCUGCAUGAUGGCUAUUUUGAAGCCUGGCACUUGAAAGAUGAUCCGCUGGGGGGGCUGCAGGCUUUUAAUGCCUCUACAAGACAGAUUGCGCACGAAGGGAAUCAUCUUUCUCACAGCACACAGGGAAUUGCAUCACAGAGGCAAGGCAGUACAAAGGUUAAGCUUGGGCAGAUGGAGAAAUAAAAGUAUAUAUGACAGAUAAACUUAGGCUUUACACAAUUACAGCCGUCAAUCACUCGCUUCCAGGCAGCCACUCUGAAACAUCACCCUCCUGUGGAUAGAUCCAUUUACACCCCUAAGAUAACUAUGAUAUCAAGACACUUUAACUCAAUCUGAACUCGACUGAGAGCCCAUCACACAAUGUCUUUGAGUCACCCUGAAUCCUGACAAAACCAGUUCAAAUUAGAGGGAUUACCAGACUGAGUAUCGUGUGUCAGCCAGAAGUUUACCCCUGUUUAUAGGAAGGAGCCAUUUGACACCUAGCAUCUUGUUCAUUUGGGAAAAUACACAUCCUGUCCACUUAGCAAGGACUCUUUUUUUGUUUCUAGAUCUGCCAUGCCAUUUGGGGGAGCCAUGUCCAGUAAGAGAGUGAUCCCAGUGAUGACCUUUGAGCCGGUGGAGGCUCAAGAGCUGCCCAGCGUCGCUCUGGAACGCAUGUGUCGACGGCCAAACUUUAACCGAGCCCCCAAAGGAUGGGGACCUGAUUACAACCCUGAAUCUAGUGAACUAUGAAGGAAAAGGGGCUGACAUGUCAAAGACUAAAGUACAGAUGUAUGCUUGCAUUUCUCCUCUUAGAAAGAUGGUCCCACUGCUUCUCAGUGGACACUACAGGAGAGAAAAAUAACAGUUCUGCUUGAUAUAUGAAGUGGUUUGUUAUUGCUGAGUGUUAAAGUCAGCUGGAGGAAAUUCCAUAUGCUGGAUCUAACAAUAACAAAGUCCUUGAAAAUGGUGCAACAGGCUGAAAAGAUGUAACUACCCUUUGUUUGCAGAUUCAUUUCAUAUGUACAGCAUGAUCUCAUCAUGCUUCUCACCUCUCUCUCUUUUAACUGUCUGUCAUGUGAAAGAAGAUGUAGGAGCUUAAUGUGCUCCCAUUCAGUAGUUCAAAACGGUCUCAGUUUAAAGAAUAAUUUCCACCAUGAGAUGAUCAAUGACAAAACCGCAUCAUUUUAAUAAGAAGUGAAACAAUAUUUAAAGAAAGGUUUACAAUAAACUAAGUCAUUAUGUCAUGGAAUAUUGUGAAUGUGUUGCAUAAAAAAGUCAAUGUAAAUCAAAAAGUUUAAAAUGCUCCUCUCAAUUCUACUCCACCUGAUACACACAAUUUGACAAACACAAGUUGACGUUAUGGUUUACAUUUUUAUAUGUACAGUGGCUCCUACCACAAGAGCCUGUAUAACCAUCACACCCCGAUCACAGCGGCCAUUUUUUUUCUGUUUGAAGUCUUUUACGGUUUCAACUUUGAACUGCUCUGGUGCUGUUCUGCAUCUUUCUGUGAGAGGUGACAGAGUUAUUUUGUUGCGUCCUUGUUAUUGUCCCCAAGAAGACACAGAAUAUGCUGUUUAGGUCAUCCACUGCACUGCAGGUGGCAGAAUAAUAAAUCAGAUGUUACCCUGUCA